ACACACAGAGGAAAUUUCACCAUAAGUAGGGCACCUUCUAGAUUGCUCCUCGGGUGCAGAGACAGAAAUCUCUGCUAUCCAGAUCAGCAGGGUCCAGCGAAGGACAUUAUGGUUGUAUAAACAUGGGGGAAAAAGACCAGCUAAGGCCCAAGGUGAAUGUGUCUUCUUACAUCCAUUUUAUGCUGAAUUUCAGAAACAAAUUCAAGGAGCAACAGCCAAAUACCUACCUUGGCUUUAAAGAAUUCUCUAGAAAGUGUUCAGAAAAAUGGAGAUCCAUCUCAAAGCACGAAAAGGCAAAGUAUGAAGCCCUAGCAGAGCUCGAUAAAGCCCGGUACCAGCAAGAAAUGAUGAAUUACAUAGGCAAGAGAAGAAAGAGAAGAAAGAGGGACCCAAAGGCACCGCGGAAGCCCCCAUCCUCCUUCCUGCUCUUCUCCCGGGACCACUAUGCUAUGCUGAAGCAAGAGAACCCCGACUGGACCGUGGUGCAGGUGGCCAAGGCUGCUGGGAAAAUGUGGUCCACAACUGACGAAGCAGAAAAAAAGCCCUAUGAACAGAAGGCUGCACUUAUGCGGGCAAAGUAUUUCGAGGAACAGGAGGCCUACCGCAACCAAUGUCAAGGCAGGAAGGGGAAUUUCUUGGAAUCAGCCAAGACCAGUUUGAAACAAUAAAACAUCAUUCAAUUGA